UCUAGAGAGAGGGAAAGAGAGAGAGGGCGCCUGUUCUUCACCACGGUCCAUCCAAUGGUGAGGAGCAGAUUGAGUCGCUAUGGUGACGAGAUUGUUUCUACGGAGGCUGUGAUGGGUUGACAGGUGCGUGACAGUCGUGUCUGUGCAAUCAUGUACGCCAAAGGCAAGAACAGCGUGCCAUCGGACAGUCAAGCCCGAGAAAAGUUAGCUCUGUAUGUGUACGAAUAUCUGCUACAUGUGGGAGCUCAGAAAUCAGCACAGACCUUUCUGUCAGAGAUCCGAUGGGAGAAGAAUAUAACAUUAGGAGAGCCUCCAGGGUUCUUGCACUCAUGGUGGUGUGUUUUCUGGGACCUCUACUGUGCUGCUUCUGAGAGGAGAGAAUCAUGUGAACACUCAAGUGAAGCCAAAGCUUUUCAUGACUAUAGUGCAACACAGAGUCCGGUGAUUGGAAGUCCUCCUGGGGACAGUAUGCCUUUGCCCCCGGGAUUUUUCCAGCAGUUUAUGUCUCCUCGAUACCCAGGUGGGCCCAGAGGCUCUCUCAGAAUACCCAAUCAGGCUUUGGGGCCUGGGAACCAGCCUCUGCUUCCCAGUGGGAUGGAUCCUACCAGACAGCCAGGCCAUCCCAACAUGAGUGGGCCUAUGCAGCGGAUGACCCCUCGAGGAAUGGUUCCUCUUGGACCACAGAACUAUGGUGGUGGGAUGAGACCUCCCCUAAAUGCCAUAUUGGGACCCGGAAUGCCUGGGAUUAACAUGGGUCCUGCUGGAGGAAGACCAUGGCCCAAUCCUCCAAAUAACAAUUCGAUCCCGUAUUCAUCCGCGUCUCCUGGCAGUUAUUCGGGUCCCCCAGCAGGAGGCGGACCUCCAGGGACACCCAUCAUGCCCAGUCCUGCAGAUUCAAACAAUUCGAGUGACAACAUGUACACCAUGAUCAGCUCAGUCCCUCCAAAUGGAAACAGACCAAAUUUUCCUUUGGGUUCAGGUGCCGAUGGCUCAAUAGGCAGCAUUGCAGGCAUGGAGCCUCAUCAUAUAAAUGGUUCAUUAGGUGUGACAGAACUGACACAGCACAAUGCCAAACAUAAACAUGUUUUCCAUCCAUUUGCACAUUCUCGCCUUUCAUUCAAUACUUUAUUCUUUUCCUCCUCCCUCCAUUCAACAGGAUCUGGUGACAUUGAAAGCCUCCCAAAGAGCUCACCAGGAAACCUCAGCAUGAAUAAUCAGCCUGGCACACCAAGAGAUGAUGGAGAAAUGAGUGGCAACUUCCUCAACCCAUUUCAAAGUGAAAGUGUAUGUAUGCAGAAAGAUUUUUUUCUUUCCAUAGGAUUAUUUGUUAAGUACAGCAGCCAUUUAAAACACCUUAUUUUCUUCUUGCAGUAUUCUCCAAACAUGACAAUGAGUGUGUGAGAGGACAGCACAGGAGUGACAUUACAAGUUUUUACCAUGUUAAUUGACUUAACAGAAUCUUCUCUCCACUGGCUCUUUGGUUUUCUACUCAUUUUGUCUUUGGUGAACUAUCGUGAAUUACAGCGAUGUCAUCCUACUCCAAAUCUAAACAAACUCAAGCAAGCCAUGAAAGGAAGCAGAAGACACCAAGAACAAGGUUUUUUCAACAUUUUUUUUUUUUUGUCAUUUCAUGGUUAAUGUCUGUCUUGUUUGGAUUCACACAGGGUUGGACCGGACAUCAAUCUUUUUUUUUUUUUUUUUUUUUUUUAUGCUUGAAUCGUUCGAUUUUCUGUGUACAUGUUUCCUUUUUUGUAUACAUUUUUGUAUUCUGUUCUAUGCAGUAUUGCUGAUACCAAGGAAGCCCUCAGUGUUCCAUACAACAGUUCCCCAAUAAUAACUUCCACUUUUAGAUAAGCAUAAUUUACAGUUACACACUGUUAUGUUUGAACAGCAAAUGUUUUUUUUCUUUUUCUUUUUUUUUUUGAGCCACUAAAUAUAUGGUAGUUUUUAGGAGUCACCUCAGUUCUUUUCAUGUUGGAUUUGUUCUUGUAAAUACAGUGAUCUGUGAAGAAUUUGGAUAUGCUGAUAUAAAAAUCAUUUUCACCAUUUGUAGUGUUUGUGUAUGCGACCUUUCUGAACAAAAAGAGCAAAAAUGAAUAUGAAUAUUUAUGGUCAGACCCUGCUAGUUUAUACUGGUGUUGUUCUGAAACAACAUUCUUUCUCACCGAUUAAUUGAUGUGCUCUUGCUGGAUAAAAACAAAACAAAAAAGGUGA